GGACGUGUGCUGCUCUUGCGAUAAGGCCUUUCUUCACGCAAAGGACGGGCUCCUGGGCUGCUCGCGUCCGAUCUGUAUUGCUGGGGCUUGUUUGCGUCGACUUCCAUUGCAGAGUCAGGCUGAAGCUCCGUCGCGCCUGGUCUGCUACCACUGAGAUGGCCUGCGAGCUAUUAUUGCAAUCGCCAAUCUGAGAUGAUUUUUCUCAAGUAUUGCGGCACCAUGCCAUCUCCCCAGAAAUCCAUUUCCAGUCACAUUUCCUCACCACAUCCAUACACCCGUGGACAAUGCCGGUCGCAUGGACGCCCUGCAGUAAGCUUUCAAGGUGGAUUUGGUUCCGAUGACGCAUAGCCUCGCAGCAGCAGGCACACGCCCGUCCCGACCCCGGGCUUCUCUUCUCUUCCCUUCAUGCUCCCCGCACCGCUCAGUUCAAUUACAUCUUCACAUCCAGGAUGACGCCUACGCUGCAUAAUCACGUCCCCCGCCCUAUAUAACACCCCUCCCCUUUCCUCCUCUCCUCUUACCUACUUACCACUCACAGCAUGUCCAGCGUCGCCAUCCGCACCGUCCCCUUCACCACCCGCCUGCGCGGCCUCCACGCAAAGGAGAUCGUCGCCCGCGACAAGGCCCGCGCCCAGAAGUUCCUCGCGGGGCUCCACCCCCACGGCCCCGCCGCCUUCCACGAGGCGCGCCGCCGUAGGAGGGGCCACGGCCACGGCUCCGGCGGCAGCACUGGGGGCUCUGGCACCGGCUCCGGCACCGGCGGAGGCAGCGGGACCGCCCCGUCCUCUGGCGGUAACGAUUCUUCCAUCGACGUCACUGACGCUGGUGUGACCUACACUGCGUCGGUCGGCGUGGGGAGCCCCGCCACCCAGUAUACGCUUCUCAUCGAUACCGGCUCGUCCAACACCUGGGUCGGCGCCGGCGAGAAGUACGUCAAGACCAGCACGAGCCACAGCACCGGCAAGAGUGUCAACGUCAGCUACGGCUCUGGCUCGUUCUCCGGUACUGAAUACACGGACACUGUCACCCUCGCAGAGGGGCUCGUGAUCCAGAAUCAGUCUAUCGGUGUUGCGAGCACCGCUCAGGGUUUCUCUGACGUGGACGGUAUCCUCGGCAUAGGCCCCGUCGACCUCACCUCGACUACCGUCUCGGGCGAGUCGUCUGUUCCUACCGUCACGGACAACCUCUACGCGCAGGGUACGAUCGCCACCGAGUCGAUCGGGAUCUCGUACGAGCCCACUACCGAGGCCAACGCCGCCAACGGCGAGCUGACCUUCGGCGGCGUCGACUCGUCCAAGUACACGGGCGAGAUCACGUACGUGCCCAUUACGAGCACGAGCCCCGCGUCGCAGUACUGGGGCAUCGACCAGGACGUGACGUACGGACAAAGCGGCACGAGCUUGUUGAGCGGGGCCAGCGGGAUUGUGGACACUGGCACGACGCUGUUGUUGAUCGCGACGGAUGCGUUCCAGGCCUACCAGAAGGCUACUGGUGCUACCUUGGACCAAUCCACCGGCCUGUUGACCCUCAGCGAGUCGCAGUUCAACAACCUGCAGUCCCUGUACUUCAACCUCGGCGGGACGACGUUUGAGCUGACGCCGAACGCGCAGAUCUGGCCGCGCAACCUGAACAGCACGAUCGGCGGCGAGGAGGGCAAGAUCUACCUGAUCGUGAGCGACCUUGGGAGCAUGAGCGGCAGCGGCCUCGACUUUAUCGACGGGUUCGGGUUCUUGCAGCGGUUCUACUCGGUUUAUGAUACGACCAACUCGCAAGUCGGGAUCGCGAACACGCCGUGGACGGAUGCGACCACGAACUGACUUCGUCAGGGAGUAUCCGGGGCCGCUCGGUGGUUGAAGGGGAAGUUGUGAUAAUGGACUGCUCUCUUGGACGGAAAUGGACAGAUAACGCGGUGUAGGAUAUUGUACAUGCAUUCACGACUUUGUCGACGUAGAUGAUUAGCAUAAAUACGGAGUCUUUGUUGUACAGUAUAUCCAACGUUUUGGUGUACAGCAUGUUGUGAAUUGUCCGCAG